AGCGACUUCAGUCAUUAGAUCGAGAGUGACGAUAAUCCAACGGCUAAGAUUUGAUGCUCACAACAAAUCCGUCGCCGUGGAACCAUUUCCGUCUAACCUUUCCUAUAAAUCCCCAAAUAGGCAAAAAUCACAUGGCGGUUUAAUCUUCAGUCUUUCUUUAACCGGAUUUUUUCAAUACACCAAAUAGAGACACCUAAAGAUGUCGGGUAUGGGCGAUGGGUAUGUAGGCACGGCCCAGGACGCUGUCAGAAUCCGACGGUUAGAGAAGCAGCGAGAAGCCGAGCGUCGCAAAAUCCAAGAGCUCAAAACCAAGUCUGCCUCCGACAAGGGUCAGCCUGGUCUCCUUCAAUUCGGGUCAAGCACCUCCGAGAUUCUUGAGACUGCAUUCAAGAAGGAAACUGUGGGUUUGGUUACAAGAGAGCAGUACGUUGAGAAGAGGGUUAAUAUUCAGAUCAAAAUUGAAGAGGAAGAGAAGGAGAAGCUUCAAAAGCUACGCCAAGAGGAGGAGGAACUCCAGCUAGCAAAGCGUAAAAAGAGGAAAAUUAAGGGGAAUUCUCGAUUAUCCUUUGCUGAUGAUAUUGAUAAUGGAAGUGAAGACGAGGAUGCUGAAAGAAAAACUUCAGAGUCAAAGAGAUGUGGAAAAUUUGGCAAAGAUCCCACAGUGGAGACGAGCUUCUUGCCUGAUAGUGAGCGGGAGGCAGAGGAGCAAGCUGAGCGUGAAAGGUUGCGGAAACAGUGGCUUCGUGAACAGGAACAAAUUCGAAAUGAGCCUCUUGAAAUUACUUACAGUUACUGGGAUGGUGCUGGCCAUAGAAGAGUGAUCCAGGUACGCAAAGGCGAUAGCAUAGGCGAAUUUCUUCGUGCAGUUCAGCAGCAACUUGCUCCUGAGUUUAGAGAAAUUAGAACAACUUCUGUGGAGAAUUUACUUUAUGUGAAGGAAGAUCUCAUCAUUCCUCAUCAACACAGCUUUUAUGAGCUUAUCGUUAACAAGGCUAGGGGAAAAAGUGGACCGCUUUUUCACUUUGAUGUGCAUGAGGAUGUCCGGACUAUUGCUGAUGCAACAAUAGAGAAGGACGAGGUAUUGUUCUUGCGUAUUACAAUUGUACCAAUUGUUCUCAUGCAGGUAAAGUUGUUGAGAGGCACUGGUACGAGAAGAAUAAACACAUUUUCCCUGCUUCAAGAUGGGAGAUAUAUGACCCAUCAAAGAAGUGGGAGCGUUACACCAUCCAUGGAGAUUGAGCUGGUAGCCAGAUGCAUUCAUGUUUGCUCUGUCAUUUGUUUAAUGAGAGUAGGGAGUCAAUUUCAUCUAAUGCAUGGGCAUGAAAUUUUUCUGUGAUUGCAAUGGUAAAAUUAAGAACUCUUCCAGUUCAGAAUUGAAAAUCUUCACUGUAUGGAUUUGCGGUGAUUUAGCGGUAUUUUUUAUUUUAUUGAUCAGCCAUGACUUAUGAA